AUGAAGCUUGAACGGGAUUUAAGAACCAAUGUUGACAGGCAUCUCACGUCAUGGAAGAGUUCCUCUGACCCUUCUCCAGGGGACUGCUCCUACAAGCUACACAUCAAUGCAGUACCAGAGCUUUUCUUACGGAGAGGAUCUGUCCAAAUAGUAUAUCGCACCGGACCUUGGAAUGGACGUGGAUUUGGUGGCAUUCCAGAGAUGAAAAGAAAUAACAUGUUCAGGUUUAAUCUAACUUCCAAUGAGUAUGAUGCCACCUAUACCUUCGAAGUACUCGACAAUUCUGUUCUGUCUCGUGUCUUGCUGAACGAGACUGGAAUGGUUCAGCGUUUGGUGCGGUCCAAACCAAACCUUGCGUGGGACUUUUACUGGUGGCAUCCGAAAGACCCGUACGACGAUUAUGCCAACUGUGGAGCUAAUGGCGUAUGCAGUACAACCUACUCACAGCGAUAUCAAAAUUCACCUUCAAAGAUCCUGAGGGAGGAGGGAGCCAUGAAGAUUUGA